AUGAUAGUCGUAGAACUCUGCCAGUUUUCCGACUGCCUGACCACCGCGGAGCUGAAACGUUUCACCAACAUUGAUGAUGACUCUUUGAUCUUCGACAACUGCUUUGAUCGCGUCAAUGCCCUUCUCGUAGAUCUUGUGCAAGUAUUUCUGGUUCUUGUUGUGCCUGGUGACGUAGCGGUGCAAAAGGAUGUCGCAGAUGUGGUGCAGAAGACGGCGAAGCACUUCGGGAAAAUUGAUAUUCUCGUUAACAAUGCUGGAGUUUCCGUAGCAGGAUCUGUUCAAAGUGCCUCAGUGGACGACUUCAACAGAGCGUGGCAGACGAACUUCCUUGGUCCCCUCUGCAUGAUCAAAAACGCUGUGCCCUAUUUGCGUCAAACAAAAGGUAGCAUCGUCAACAUUUCUAGCAUCGCAUCGUUGAUAACGGUUCCUGGCACCGUGCCUUACGCUGUCACCAAAGUAGCCCUGGACCACCUGACGCGAUGUGCUGCACUAGAGAAUGCUCCGUAUGGUGUACGUGUCAACUCAAUCAACCCGGGUCGUAUCAAGACGUUGAUUGGGAAAAGGCCUGAGCUCAGCGUAGAAGAACACAUGGAGCUGAUGGAUAAAAUGGCCGGGCCCCUGCAUGCGCUGGGACGAGUAGGCACACCGGACGAAGUUGCUGACUGCAUCGCCUUCCUGGCAUCUGAUGAAGCAGCGUUUGUCACGGGGACCAUUAUGCCCAUCGAUGGGGGCUUCUUCCUUCUGUCCAGCGUCUCGGGUCCCGCCCGAUCGUCGGAUACGCGCAAGACUGCGCGAGAAGCCAAAGACAUAACCUUUCUAUGCUGACAAGUGAAUCCAGACACGCCCGAUGCCAGCGCGCCACUGCAGCCUUCGCCAUCCGUCGUGAGCAUCAACAGCUGCCAGCGCAACCCGCGAGUUUUUGCGGGCCUACAAGGGCAUGACGCCAAGAACUGGCUCCAAAACUAAGACCUUGUAAGGAACAUUAAAAGCAGUGCAGU